CAAGACUGGUUAAAUUCAAAGAAAGAUAAAGCCUUCAAUCAUAAGAGCAAAGUCAUAGUCACGGCAGCAAAGGCUAUGAUGACACUACCAGUACCUGGCAUCUACUUCCUGUCACCGGGAAAUGUAGAGGGCUAGGGCCAAGAAUUGGGUUGGAGAAGACUGCAAUCGUGAGAGAGGAAAUAGGGAAUCAAGGUAACGGAUAUCUGCUGUAUGUCAUAUUGUGGUGACGUCGGAUGCUGCUGCGGAUUAGGUGAGCUCGCAAACCCGUUGCAAUGGCCGCAGCUGAGGAAAAAACGACGCCCUGUUGCCCUAGCGCUGCGAACGUCGGAGGCACAAGCACGGACAAGGGAAACGUCAGCGGAGGAGCUACGUGGCCCAUGAGGGAGGUCGGUGGUGGGGCCAAAGCCAUGUCUUCCGGCGUUCUCAUCCGACCAGUCGAAGAUCUUCCUGAGCCCCCAGCUAAGCCUUCCUCCAAAGGCAUCCAAGUGAUUGCUCGAUCUCAGGCAAGCCACCCUUUAGACCCCUUGUCAGCAGCAGAGAUUUCUGUUGCAGUUGCAACAGUAAGGGCUGCUGGGGCAACCCCUGAGGUGCGGGAUAGCAUGCGAUUUGUUGAGGUUGUUCUGUUGGAGCCUGAAAAAAGUGUAGUGGCGCUAGCUGAUGCCUAUUUUUUCCCACCAUUCCAACCAUCACUGCUCCCAAGAACAAAAGGUGGUCCUGUCAUUCCCAGUAAGCUACCCCCUAGGAGAGCUAGACUUGUUGUCUACAACAGAAAAUCAAAUGAGACUAGUAUCUGGAUUGUUGAGCUGACAAAAGUAUAUGCAGCAACUAGAGGUGGUCAUCAUAGGGGAAAAGUUAUCUCUUCUGGGGUGGUUCCAGAUGUCCAACCUCCAAUGGAUGCCAUGGAGUAUGCAGAAUGUGAAGCUACCGUGAAAGAUUUUCUGCCAUUCAUGGAAGCAAUGCGAAAGAGAGGUAUUGAGGAUAUGGAUCUUGUGAUGGUAGAUGCAUGGUGUGUCGGUUACUAUGGCAAUGCUGACGCUCCCAAUCGCAGACUCGCUAAACCCUUGAUCUUUUGUAGAACUGAGAGCGAUUGCCCCAUGGAAAAUGGUUAUGCUCGUCCUGUUGAAGGCAUCCAUGUGCUUGUCGAUAUUCAGAAUAUGGUUGUUAUUGAAUUCGAGGAUAGAAGGCUGGUCCCUCUACCUCCAGCUGAUCCACUAAGAAACUACACUCCAGGUGAAACAAGAGGAGGUGUUGACAGAAGUGAUGUAAAACCUCUGCACAUUCUUCAGCCAGAAAGCCCAAGUUUUCGUGUUGAUGGUCAUUUUGUUCAAUGGCAGAAGUGGAACUUCCGAAUUGGUUUUACCCCUAGGGAGGGUUUGGUAAUUCAUUCAGUUGCUUAUGUUGAUGAUAGCCGUGGGCGUAGACCUGUAGCCCAUAGGUUGAGUUUUGUUGAAAUGGUUGUUCCAUAUGGAGAUCCAAAUGAGCCUCACUACCGCAAAAAUGCAUUUGAUGCUGGUGAGGACGGUUUGGGAAAGAAUGCACAUUCUCUAAAAAAGGGUUGUGAUUGUUUGGGUUACAUCAAAUACUUCGAUGCACAUUUUACAAAUUAUACAGGGGGAGUUGAGACAAUUGAAAAUUGUGUUUGCUUGCAUGAAGAGGACCAUGGGAUUUUAUGGAAGCAUCAGGAUUGGAGGACUGGCCUUGCGGAAGUACGGCGUUCAAGAAGGCUUUCUGUGUCAUUUAUAUGUACUGUGGCUAACUACGAGUAUGGAUUUUUCUGGCAUUUCUAUCAGGACGGUAAGAUUGAAGCUGAAGUAAAAUUAACUGGAAUUCUUAGCUUGGGAGCAUUGAAACCUGGUGAAUCAAGAAAAUAUGGUACAACAAUUGCUCCGGGUUUAUAUGCACCAGUUCAUCAACAUUUCUUUGUUGCUCGUAUGAACAUGGCAGUUGAUUGUAAGCCCAACGAAGCUUUCAAUCAGGUCGUUGAAGUAAAUGUUAAGGUUGAAGAACCAGGCAACAAUAAUAUCCACAAUAAUGCUUUCUAUGCUGAAGAGACAAUUCUUAAGACUGAAGAACAAGCAAUGCGUGAUUGUGAUCAUACAUCAGCGCGGCACUGGAUUGUGAGGAACACCAGAACUGUCAAUCGAACUGGUCAAUUCACUGGCUACAAGCUCCUACCUGGUUCAAAUUGUCUUCCAUUAGCUGGGAACGAGGCUAAGUUUUUGAGACGAGCUGCCUUUCUUAAGCAUAAUCUUUGGGUCACACCAUACAGCCGUGAUGAAAUGUACCCUGGAGGGGAGUUUCCCAAUCAAAAUCCACGUAUGAACGAGGGACUGGCUACUUGGGUUAGGAAGAAUAGGUCUCUUGAGGAAACAGACGUUGUUCUUUGGUAUGUAUUUGGACUCACGCAUAUUCCUCGCUUGGAAGAUUGGCCUGUUAUGCCUGUGGAUCGGUUAGGAUUUAUGCUCAUGCCUAUCGGAUUUUUUAAUUGCUCUCCUGCUGUUGAUGUGCCGCCAAGUAAUAGUGAUGCCGAGCUCAAAGAGACUGGAAUUUCUAAGCCCCAAAAUGGUUUGCUGGCAAAGCUUUGAUGAAAGAUCCAAUGGAAGGACAUGCCACUAAUAUGUUAUAUAAUAAAUGCGGUCUUGCUUCGUUCUUGAAUUUGCUACGCACCGGCUAAUGUGUUGUUAUUGUGAUAAAUGAGAAAAAAAAAAUGCUUUUUUUAAAUUAGUUAAAUUUGUCACUGUGAUUUGAGAACACUUGCUGUUUUGCUACCAGUCGAAAUGCAUGUUGUAUUUUCUGGUGGCUAUGACCCACUUGUAAGUAAAGAGUUGGAUUUUGUAAUAAUUGCGUUGCACUGGGAAGUUGAAUAAGAUGUUUGAUCAGGGUUAUAUGAAGAUAUUCGAAUUCAGACUCAUUAAAAUAUGUUAAAAGUUUUGGUGGUCGAGGAUGAGUGGGGAAUAUAUGAAAACUUUCAAA